AUGUUCGCGACAUUAGCGGAAAGCGAGAAUAUGAGGAAGCUGAUACGGAAGCGCCUAGACCCAUGGCAGACAGUUGGGGGGGAAAUCCUCGCGGCGGAGGCCGCGGGAGAGGCGGAAGAGGUGGAAGUGGCGGAAGAGGCGGAAGUGGCGGGCGAGGCGGACGAGGCGGGCGAGGGUUUAGCGGAUCAUUUGGGGGUUCAAGGGACUCGCAAGGUUCAGGGUAUAAGGGAGGUUGGGGCGGGGCUGGGCGGGGAUCGGAUGGAGGAGGGGGAAGACGAGGGGGAGGCUGGGGAGGCGGGCGCGGAAGAGGGGACGAGAGGGGCGGAAGAGGCGGGGGACGGGGCGAGUGGGGUAGACAGCAGGGCGCAGCUGGCGGAGCGAUUGGGCGCGGAGGGAGCGCCAGCCCCGGCGACUCGAGAAAGCGCAAGUUUGAAGGCGCAGGCGGAGGUUCCAGCGACGGUGGAGGGGGAGGCGCGCGCGGGCGAGGGUGGGGGAGAGGCGGCGGGCGCGGGAGGGACGGGGGACGAGGCGGGGGACGGGGCGGCGGACAGGGGCGGGGGGGAGGAAGAGGGGAGAGCGCACCUAGCGGACCGAUGGAUAGGAAGCAGAGGAAGGUGCGUGCAAUGGCACUCAUGGCAUUCGUCGGCUUUAAAGCACCUCGUCAUUCCCAUGAACACCGUCCCUCCUUUGAACCCUGUUCCCCCCUCAAAACCCUUCCCUUUUGUCCACCUCUCCUACCCUCUGUACCAUCCGGCGCCUGCUGCAUUAAACCCUCUCGCACCUCCUCUCCUCUUAUCACUUAUCACUCCCACUCUCUCCCCCCCGCCCGAGUUGGCGGAGGCGCGGAAGAAGCGCCGCCGCCCGCUCUUUGAUCUCGAGAAGUCAGACUGGCAUCCGGAGAUGUCUAAAUGCGCCCUUUCUUUUUUCUCCUCGUCUUUCCUCCUCGCUUCCCAGGCUGGUGACAAUGAUGACUGCGGAGAUGAAGGGGAAGAUGGUGGAGAUGAUGGCGAGCUCACACACGGUCUCACGCGUGCUGCUGCUCUGCUCAUUCACGCCUGCUGCUCUGCUCAUUCCCUGCUGGUGACAAUGAUGACAGCGAAGAUGAAGGGGAAGAUGGUGGAGAUGGCGCGCUCACACACCGUGUCACGAGUGCUGCAGAUGUGUGUCAAGCACGGCCGCAAGGAGGAGCGGGAGGCUGUGUUUUCUGAGCUGCGCCCGCACUGCCGUGAGCUGGCAGUGCAUCCCUACGCGCACCACUUGGUCAACCGCAUGAUGGACCAUGCGAGCAAGGAGAAGAAGCACGACAUCGUGGGGCAGCUGAGGGGCCAUGUGGUGGAGAUGAUGCGGCACCCUGUCGCCAGUGCUGUCAUAGAGCAUGCAUAUCAACUCUCCCCACCCCCUCAGCGAUCAGCCCUAGCAUCCGAGUUCUUUGCGCCAGACUUCCGCCUCUUCCCCUCGCUCGCCCUCCCGGGCGCCGGCCGCCUCUCCGACCUCCUGGCCAACCUCCCCUCGGGCACCUCCCGCCAAUCAGUGCUGCAGCACCUGGAAACUUCCCUGCAGCCGAUCCUGGAGAAGGGCAUAGUGGAUCAUUCCCUGUUCCACCGCGUGCUAGCGGACUACCUGGGCGUCAUCUCCAAG